UUACCUCAGAAAAACAGCAGGGGGCAACAGUGAGCAGCUGUGGCGUCUGCUCCACCUCAGCUUAUAAAGGGAAGAAGACAGCUGCAGGGCGUUUGUGUUUCUCCUCUCUCGUCGUGUAAACAACAAAGCUGAAGAAAUGCAGUCUGCAGUUAGACACAACUUCCAUGCGGAGACCGAAGGUGACAUAAACAAGCUGAUCAACCUGAAGCUCAAUGCUUCCUACACCUUUCUUUCCCUGGGGAUGUAUUUUGACAGGGAUGAUGUUGCUCUGCCUAAAUUCUCCAGUUUUUUCCUGGAGCGCUCCGAGAAGGAAAGGGAUCAAGCUGAAAAACUUCUGGAAUACCAGAACUUGAGAGGAGGCCGGAUUUUGCUUCAAAAUAUUGCAAAGCCAAGCAAAGAUGACUGGAGAAGUGGUCUGGAUGCUUUAACUUACUCCUUGGAUUACCAGAAGACUCUGAACAAAUGGAUCACUGAUGUGCACCAUAGAGCGGACGCUCACCACGAUGCACAUUUCUGCGAUUUUCUUGAGGAGCAUUUCCUCAUCGACAGCCACGACACCAUCAAGAAGCUGGGAGAUUACAUUGGAAGCCUCGGCCGCCUCGUUGCAUCGGAGACGAACGCCUCUCUGGGCGAAUACCUGUUUGAUAAACACACUCUGUAAAUGUCGCUGCAGUACGUGGAUGCAAGCUUCCCGCUUUCCAAAAUUCCUCAGAUUAGGUCAAUGGAGCAUAUUCUGGUGAAACUGGAAAGUGUUUUUCACAAAAUACCUUAAUGUACCAAAAACACAGGAAAAUAAACUUUGUACCUCGAAUUGUCUGAAUAUGACAUCCGUUAAGAUUUCCGUUAAAAUUUGUUGGCUGUAAAAUUAAAGUUGCAGGUUAACAUUUUUGCGCAAAGAGCCAUUUAUAGACUGUGCAUUUCAGUGUCCUUGUCAGUUUUUGUUUUUUUUUGUGUGUCAGAAUUUGCAAAGAUGGACAGAAAUAAAAUGGACUUAAGCUGUU